UUUUAAGUUUAAGCAACAUAACAGCACAAUUAAGCAUUUAAGCAAUUGACUCAGACAGAGUUGGGUUUGCCUUAUAGCUUUCUCACUUGUUACACGCUGGCCUCGGACAAUUUUCUACCUCUCUGGGCCUCAUUUUCUCAUUAUAGAAGAUAGAGAUAAUAAUAACUAAUCCAAGAAUGUAGUGAGGAGUCAGGAAUGUAAACCAAUUGUGAACACUAUAUGCAAUGCACUUAGCAUGGCGCCUGUGCAUUGCACAUACUCAAUGAAUAAAUAAUCAUUAUAGUUAUUAUUAUUAGUGAUAUCUAAUUGGCUGAUCUUUGCUCGAAUUAAUUUAUCUUUGAUAUGAACCUUUAUGUGUGAAGGUUUAAAAUGUGCAGGUGUCAAAAAAAUUCCCUUAAGCUGUUGUUUCAAUGAUAAUUUCUGUUUGUGUCCAUUAUCAAAUUCUAGUAUCUCAGCCUACUGUAAUAAAGUAAGACAAAGAGCAUAUUUCCACAAAGGUAUGUAGGUCAAACAUUGCCUUUUUUGUUUUGUUUUGUUUUGUUUGGGUAAGUAAGAAAAUGGGAAUACCAGUAGAGUGGAACUCCCUCAUUUGGCAAUGACUGAAAUGUGGACAUUCAGAUUGGUUGAUCUUACCACACCAUCCCAUGUGCUCCAGUUCCAGGGAAACCUCGGCUUGUGAUUAACCACACUCAGAUGAAUACUGCUCUCAUUCAGUGGCACCCUCCUGUGGACACAUUCGGACCUCUUCAGGGCUACCGUCUAAAAUUUGGCCGCAAGGAUAUGGAGCCGCUUACUACUCUCGAGUUCUCUGAAAAAGAAGAUCACUUUACAGCUACAGACAUCCACAAAGGAGCAUCAUAUGUCUUUAGGCUCUCAGCCAGAAACAAAGUGGGCUUUGGGGAGGAAAUGGUGAAGGAGAUUUCCAUUCCAGAAGAAGUACCAACUGGAUUCCCUCAAAACCUUCACUCAGAAAGCGCUACUUCAACCUCCGUCCAGUUAUCUUGGCAACCACCUGUCCUGGCAGAGAGAAAUGGCAUUAUCACCAAGUAUACCCUUCUUUAUAGGGACAUCAACAUCCCCCUUCUCCCAAUGGAGCAGCUUAUUGUUCCAGCUGACACCACUAUGACACUCACUGGCUUAAAACCAGAUACCACAUACGAUGUAAAAGUACGUGCUCAUACGAGCAAAGGGCCCGGGCCAUAUAGUCCCAGUGUCCAGUUCAGGACACUGCCUGUGGAUCAAGGUAGGAUUUGUCUGCUUACGGCCUUCCUCCUUUAAAGGAAUAUCAGUCUUUGGAAAUCAGUAUUUUGAAGCUAUAAUAACUGAUCAGCCCAUUCAUAUUAAUAGGUUCAGCAAAAACAAAAAGGUAAAGUAUGUAAAACUUACUACGUCUUGGAUGCCUUAGAUUUCAGUUAUAGAAUGUCAAGCAAGUCUGGCUGACAGCUCCCCAAUGUCCUCAGGUAAGGAAAACACAAUAUAGUUGGCUGAAUUGGAGAGAAAGGAAAGAUCUUUAUGAGACUGGGGUAUUAAAAUGAAUGCUCUAAACAGGUAGGAAAAUCAUACUUCUCUCUCUCUGAUCAAAGUAGACAGCAUCUAGCAUAAGCCCUGUGGUCCAUGGUGGAAAGGACAGGUCAUCUGUUUUAAGAAUAGUUUAAAUACACUGUUUUUCCUUUUCCAGCAGUGUUUGCAAAAAAUUUUCAUGUCAAAGCAGUAAUGA